AUGUCACAGGCUUCGGAUAGUGCUGAUUUUCGUGGUCGCCGCUCCGGCAAACCUCCCGGGGAGAGUAUUCCGCAGCUGAGCUGUGAGUUAUGCCGAAAACGAAAGGUCAAAUGCGACAAGCUGAACCCAUGUUCCAAUUGCGUAAAGGCGGACGUUGUGUGUGUACCUAUUCAUCGUAAGCGCUUACCUCGUGGUCGCCACACCCAUCCUCGAUCGUUCCCGACCUGCAAUACCGGCGAUGAAUUGAUGUCUCGCAUACGGAACCUGGAGACUCUAGCUUCAAAUAUAAACGACUUAAAAGUCUCGUCACCGAAUCCCGGACCGUCAACCUCGACUAACUCAAACGUGGGUGUAGAUGCAGAGAAUAACGUUGGGUGGAAAGUGUGGGCGCAAAUCGUGGACGAGGUAGAGGGUCUUCGUAAUAUUGUUGGAGAUGCUUCGGACGACGAGGAUAGCGUGCGGUCAAUCCCUAAUUCCACUUUUGGUGCUAAUUUGAGGGCAAUUGGCAUCGGCUCCUCCUCUUAUAGCAGCCUUCCAACGACUAAUGAUCGUUUGAAAGACCCCAUCGUAACGGCUCAAUUAUGCGACAUCUACCUCCAUCAGGUGGACCCCAUCAUCAAAAUUCUGCAUCGGCCCUCUCUAAGCAAGUUCAUGCAACAUGGCCAGCGCUAUUUGGGGUAUGACACUAACCACUUAUCUACGGUGUGCCUAAAGUCGGCUGUCUGCUAUUCUGCCGCAGCAAGCAUGACGGAAGAACGAUGUCAACAACUGUUCAAUAUUAGGAAAUCUACACUGAUAGAAGAAUGUAGAGCAGCUUGCGAAGCGACUUUAGAAAGCUCGGAACUCCUUACAACGAAUGAUAUCACUGUCCUGCAAGCCUUCGUAUUAUACCUCAUUGCUAGGCGGACGGAGGAUUCGAGCCGUGCUGUAUGGACUAUGACCGCGUUAGCUGUUCGGAUAGCAAAAGCGCUCUCUCUUCACCAAGUGAGGGGGGAAUCUUUCUUUAACCGGCAGAUGAGACUGCGGCUAUGGUUCACGAUCUGUCUGUUAGAUCUUCAGGGGUCGAUCGACCAAGCAACCCAACCUCUCAUAGGUGUCGAUGAAAUACCGCCGGAUUUCCCCCUCAAUGUCAAUGAUUCCGAGUUUGACAUUGACACGCCAGGAGAACUUCAGAGCAGAAGUGGCCUGACUGAUAUCACAUAUGCUCUCGUCACAUAUUACGCACAGCCAAGCGCGCGACUCCUGAAUUUUCACGGUAAAGAGGCGGACAGACUAAACUGGGAAGAACGAGAGAGGCAUUCAUUUCUUGUCCAACAGAAAAUCCAGAGCCUUUUGAAAUUCUGCGAUCCUGAGUCAAGCCCCUACGCGUGGUUCACUUUCCACGGGGGACAAUCGCUAGUGGCAUGCAUGCGACUUGCAGCUCUGCGGCCUUUACACCGUGUCAAUACCAAUCAGCCCGCUCCCCGCGGAAAACUCACUGAAAUCCUGAAUAACUCCCUGGUAACCCUGGAGAAGGUGCACCUAAUUCAAACUGGCCCAAGAGGAGAGGGGUUCAGAUGGUAUAUGACGGUUCACUGGCACGCGCUUGCGAGCGCUAUCGCUGAAUGUUAUGUCGGCUCUGAUAUCUCAGCAAUCCAAAACGCCUGGCCAAUCAUUGAAUGGGCUUUCGAGUACCAUAGACAAGCUAUUGAAAGUUGCCGUCGAGGAAUGCUCAAAAGGCCGUUAGAAAGGCUGAUGAUGCAGGCCAGGAAGAGGAUCAGCGUCCUUUUAGGACAUCCGACUUCCCUUCAGCAGUCCCAACAGGCUUUGUUCAGCCCCAACCAAGCGGGUUAUUCCGAAUAUGGACUGUCAAAUUCUACCGCGACCAACAUAGACCCAAACUCCGCCGGCUUUUCCUUGAACCAAGUUGACCCUCAGGUUACUAUGGGUUACGACUUCAGCAGCGGGGCAGACAUGUUCCCAUAUUUUGACAAUUCUACUAUGGCGAACCCAUCGAUGCUAUCAUGGUCUGCGCCGCAUGACCCUGGCGCUCAAGUCCCAGGAACUCUGAACGUCUCCGAGGGGGAUAAUGGCUCGUUUGAAGAUGUAUCCUGGAAAACAUGGGAAGAGUUCGUCUCCGAGCUUUCUUUCAACGACCUUAACUAG